AUGGCUAACCAAGGUGUUGGAAGCCAAGCCAUUCCUUCCGUGCAAGUCGGGAACCCGGGCAUGAACAAUAACAACAAGCGGAAGCGUGGACCAGGAGACCAAGAUGUCGGUCGCAAUGCCAAAGCUCCAAACACCAAUGGUGAUCAUGACCCAGACAACUAUGUCGCACUCCUGCAGGGCAUCGACGAUAUCGGGGGUUCUGACGACAGCACUCGCACUGCACAAGCUGCUCUAGCUGCCCCAAUGGAACAAUCCUCCUAUCCUGAGCCGCAUCCAUAUGAUGGAGCUACAGGAAUGCCGACCGGCUUCGAAGACGCCAACCAAGGAUCUCUUGCCGGGAUGCCAACGGGUCAAGGAAUGCAGCCCACACAGGGUAUGGCCAGUGCACAACAAGCUCUUCUUGAUGCCCGUGGUGGCGCACAGAAGCCGGCUGUAGGCACUGCCGAAUGGCAUCAACAGCGCAAGGACAACCACAAGGAAGUCGAACGUCGUCGUCGUGAAGUCAUCAACGAAGGUAUCGAGAACAUUGCCAAGAUCGUGCCCUGUAGCGAGAAGAACAAAGGCGCCAUUCUCCAACGCACCUGUCAAUACAUCACCGAACUGCAGAACGAGAAAAAGUCCUUCGAAACGGAGCGCGCCACUCUCGACAUUGCCCUGAAGGAGUUGACCAGCCGUUGCGACCGUCUAAAGGAGAGUGUUCGCGCCGCUUGGCUAGAGAGCGCCAAGUGGCAACAACGCUGUCGCGAGGCCGGUCUGCACUUUGACGAUUACGACGACGGUGACCUGCCUGUCCUUGAAGACGAGGACGUCAACGUCAAUGUCGACGCAGCCGUCGUCUCCUGA